UCCUGUAAAUAUGGCGGACAAAGACAAAUCUACAAGCAUACUUCCCCUUUCGCGGGUUAAAACAAUCAUGAAAAGUUCACCAGAUGUCUCAAGUAUAAGUCAAGAGGCACUUUUCAUUACGGGCAAGGCAACGGAACUGUUCAUCCAGGCCCUGGCAAGAUUCUCCUUGGAACAGAGCAAGGAUCAGAGCUUAGUUGAUUACAAAGACUUAGCAGAAAUUGUCAACACCGAAGAAACAUUGCAGUUCUUACAAGACAUCAUCCCACGGAAGAUAAAGGCAAAAGAGUUUUUCCAAAUGAUGAAGAAUGGAGAUAGUGAAGUGGAUACAUGAUGGUCCGUUUAGUCAGAACAGAGACAUUCUUGGUACGUUCUGGGACAGGAGCUGAAGGAACUAGCGAGGCCAUGGUCAGCCAACAGAUUUGUAAUACCUCCUACAUUCAGAUUCCAGCUUGUUGGAAGUAUCCAGUAACCAUGGCAUCUGGAUCAUGACGGAUGGAGAUGACUACAUGUCCUUUUUGCUCAUUAUAGAGAACCCUAGUAGUGCCAUGUUAUGGGAUUCUGCUACAGCAUUCAGUCCAUGUCCAGCAGCAGCAGGAGCAGCUUGUGGCUCACUGACAGUGACCAAGGUUCCUUGUAUGCAUUCAGUGGACAAUAGUGUCACAUCGGCAAGAUCUCAGCUCUAUUAUUAUUCUGUGGAUAACUAUUUUCUCCAGCCUGCAACCAAUCCGAGAAAUGUCAAGACCGGAGGUGUUCUAUGAGAUGAUAGGUGGAAGUACUACUUAAGAUCAUGGCACAAGAAGAUUGAAAGAUGUCCUGCUUCAUAAUGGUCGGUGAUAACACCACCCGAACAUGAACAGCAUAAGGUGUGAUCACAGAGCUUUGCCCUUUCUUUCAAACCCUGAAUGUACAGGUAACCUGAAUGAUGAGUUAUUGUUCUGUGUAUAUUUGAGAAUAAUUGUGUACUUAGGUGUAGAGUAGACCUUCUGAGAAUAAAUCACCUACAAUACUU